AUGGGACUCUGCUGUGGCAGGAGUGCGAUGCCGGUCGUGGACGACAGAGGGCGGAAGCACCGCGCCUUGCACCCGAAAGUCUCCGUCACUCCUAUGCCCACUGUGGAGUUUGACAUCAUCGCCCCUGAAGACGCCGGCGAUUUGACGUUGAAUAUGAUGCGAAGGGGCUCCUCUGGGGGUGCCUUCUUCAUGAAUGCCAGCCUCCACACCGUGAGCGAGUUUAGUUUUACCAUGGCCGACUGCAAGGGUCAGAGUCUCUCCGGCACGCUUCGCGAUGAUGCGGCUCGAAGCUUCUUAACGAACGGAAUGAAUGAGGUGUUACCGGAUCACGUCAAAGGGUUUCUUUCCAGCAUAUGCGAGGUGACACAUGCGGAGCCGCCCAAUACGUUGGAGGAUAGUUUUUUCGAGACCUCCAUCUCCACACUUAACCAAACACGCGGCCACCGCUAUCGAAUUGGAGGAUCCUCCGCAGCCAAACUCACAGCGGAAGAGAAACUGUACAUAGAUAAGGCACAUAGUACGGAGGAGCGCAUAGCACGCCUGGUAGACCUUGAGCAAAUGUCGCGUCAAGAUAUAUAUGGCGUGUGGAAGAUGAAUAAUACUAUGAUGUUUCUGGGGUGGAAAGGCGCUUUGCCCACCCUUCGGCGAUUGCGUAAAGGCUCACAGUCAAGGAAACGAAAUUCAGCUCGGGAGGUGCUUGUAAUACACGCCAAAGACAUUGAUCUGCAGCUGGAGGACGAUAAAAGAAGGGAAAAUGGGGCUGGUUUUCAGGGGGUAUUGGGUCGCCGAUGCGAGGGCGAUGAACAGGAGGUCAUGUUUUCACCUAGUGAGGCACUCGAGACGACUACAAGAUCCAAAACAGUGGCGGAGCACUAUCAGCUGUUGGCGCUGACGGCGAGGGAGAUUAGCAUCACAGCCAGUGUUCAGGCCCAGGUUGUACAUGACACCUGGGACUUCCUCUCACUUCCUGAGGCCUCAACUCAUCUUAAUACAGGGAAUGUGUUUUUUAGAUUUGUAUGCAGUCCUGUCAGACACUUGGGGACUGACAGUCUUGAGCUUAUCAACACCUUUAUCAAUGAGAGCAGCUUUGCGGAUGAGGUGCAGGAGAACAAUGUCCCCAAAAUUCAUAUAUUUUCUCCGGAGGAGCAGAAUAAAUACGUCAGUAUCCUGGUGAAGACGAUGUACCUUCUUCCUGGCGUUCGCCUCUCCCACUUGGACGCUGAUUUGCUGGCGUCGCUGGACUACCAGCGCAACUGCCAGCCAGGGAAUAAUAAAUUUGAGAGCCCGGAAGAUAUACACACGUUUCGAACUGUAAAAACCGUGAUCCGGUUUGUCUUCAGCAUCACUAUCCAGAUGAAGGUGAGCGCGAUUACUGACUCGGUGGCGCUGCAGAAGUUUAGGGACGUGGACGGGAUGGUGCCUGCGAAGGUACUGCUGCUUGAGCGAACGAAGCGGAACAUCCACAAAAUGGACUCCACCGUGAAGGUUCGCUCUGUGCUGCUCUACUACCCGGUGAAUGCCGGGCUGCUGGUGACGAACGUGACCAUCGUGCUCAAUACCUCGCUCCCAACUGUUGUCUCGUCGCUCAUGCAGACAUUUGGCACUCAGGGUGCCACGGAGGCGGCGCAGACGGCGAAGCAGACGCGCCGGUAUCUCAUUCACCGAUUCGGUGACUCGCGGUCGUAG